UCUCUUUCCCAUCUUUAUAUAAAUAAAAUCACCACUAUCCUCAUCUCCAAUACAGAACAGGAACAAAAAACAUAAGAGAGCAUUAACAAAACCCCUUUUGUAAAAAAUUGAUUUGGAUAUAUGGGGUUGUUGCACAAGCUGUGGGAUGAAACGGUGGCCGGUCCUGCGCCCGAAAAUGGUCUGAAGAAGUUGAGAAAUCGCAAUUCUGCUACAAAGAAUAGUAACCAGAAGUUGAUGGUGAAUCCUGGUCGUGUCCCGGAUUCUCCUGUCGGAUCAAGCACCCCGGGUUCUCCUUUGACUCCUGGAACACCAAGUGAAACUGAAACACAUGCUACAAGUCUUAAUGCUUGCGAUUGGAUUGUGCUAAACGCAUUGGACCGUUGAAAGAGACCAUUCUACGAAUGUAUAAGUAAACGAUCAAACACCUACUUUUUUUUUGUCACGAAUCAAACACCUACUUAAUCGAAUUUAUAUGCAGUGACCAUAUUGUUAAAAAUGUAUGCAUGUAAAUAGUAGUCUCAUGUCGCUUUUUAGAAUUUAUGUUUGUCUUUUGAAUGUAAAUAGUAGUGACCCAGAUGGAUUGUUCUUUUGAAACAUGGGUUCUCUAAUAUGAAAUGUCCCAUAAAUUAAUGUUGGCAAUAAAAGAAGAACAUAUUUGUGAUGUCA